UGGAAAGUUCUUGUGCCGGAAGGACAGCCCGGAUCACUGGACUGUCUGUGUAGAGCAGGACAUCUGGUCGCUGCUGAUUAGACCUGCUCUACGAGCAGUCCAUGAGACAACUGGUCCCGUUCCCAAAUCGCAGGACGAGGUACCGGCCAUUUGAGACCUGAUUGCACUGCGCCCGGAGGAAUCCGGGUGUGAAUUUCGACUGCUUGACUACAUCCCGGUGACAGGUUAUGCUGCUGCUGCCGCCGCCGAGGAUUAAUGAUUGAUCGGACAGGGGUUUAUCUCGUUGAGCCUCAUCGCAGUCGAGUGGAAUCGGUAUCAGAUCAGGGCACGUAGCAGACUGUUGAUUGUAGGCGAGCUUAGAAAUCUGGAGGCAUGAGGUGGGUUCAAGCCACUGGCAGAGAUUUCAAGGGCGAUCCGCCAUCCCUGCGGAGUGGUCACACAGCUAUCAAGGUCGGGAAAUCAUUGCUAGCAGUUUUUGGUGGUUUGGUGGACAAAAAAUUCCUGAAUGAUCUAGUCGUUCUAGACACAGACACGUUGCAAUGGUUUAAACCCGAAUGUACUGGAAAUGGAGAAUCCGGGCACAUUGGCCCCAGCCCUCGAGCGUUUCAUGUCUGCGUGGCCAUUGAUUGCCACUUGUUCAUAUUUGGUGGUCGAUGUGGCCGUAAGCGGUUGGGUGAUUUCUGGAUGCUAGAUACAGACACUUGGCAAUGGGCUGAACUUUCUGGUUAUGGCGAACUACCACCUCCUCGGGAAUUUGCAGCGGGUGCUUCAGUAGGCAACGGGAAGAUUGUCAUUUACGGUGGAUGGGAUGGAACAAAGUGGCUUUCAGAUGUUUAUGUUCUCGAUACAAUUUCUCUCCAAUGGAGAGAGUUGGUUUUCCAAGGGCCUGUACCACCACCUCGUUGUGGUCACACUGCUACCAUGGUUGAGAAGAGAAUGCUAAUCUUCGGUGGUCGUGGCGCUGGUGGGCCAAUCAUGGGAGAUUUGUGGGCUUUGAAAGGUCUAUUUGAUGAAGAGAGAGAGAUUCCAGCCUGGACACAACUGAAAAUUCCUGGGUCUUCCCCUGCUGCUCGAUGUGGCCACUCUACUACUGCCGGUGGACCCCAGUUGCUGAUUUUUGGCGGGCAUGGGACUGGUGGAUGGCUUACCCGGUAUGAUGUGUAUCACAAUGAUUGUGUCAUUCUCGACCGUGCUACCGCCCAUUGGAAGAAACCUCCUGUAUCCAAUGAACCCCCAGCACGGGCAUACCACUCGAUGUCUCGUAUUGGAUAUCGUUUCUUACUUCUUGGUGGUUAUGAUGGGAAAAACACAUUCGGCGACAUUUGGUGGUUGGUUUCUGAAGAUGAUCCAAUUGCAAAUAGGGCAUCACUGUCCCCGAGGAGUAGCUUACCGGCAAAUACUUCUGUUCCUUCGAAGCAGCGGGAAUCUUCUCAAGGAGCAACGGUUAAGGAACUAUCACCUUCCCCUCUGAGUACACUGCGGCAGCGUCUAGGUCUCCCCACUGUUGCUGUUGCUCCUUUAGUGAUUGAUUCGAUUACAAGUGACGAAGAAUUACUUGCUUUGGGUCAAAACCUGCUCUCUGCUGAAGGAUUAUCUCCGACGAAAGACAAAGCUGCAAUCGUGAAGGCAGCGCGAGACCAUUGGAGACUAUGCGAAGUACAGUUAAUCAGAUUGCAAGAACUGGGCAUUCUCCUUCGUGAUUAUCAAAGGCUUGUAGCUGGCCUACAAAGUAGUGGGCUCCUUGAAGACUCCGCACUACACGGCGAAGCAAGUCUCUCGAAAAUGCAUGUUUAUCGCUUCAAUCAUUUCAAAGAUGCCAGUCAGGUGCGGAUGGAUGAUAUUCCCUCGUUGGUGAACGAAUACAGGCAAUUGCUGCACAUGCAGUCUAAAGCACAAUCAGUCCAACGUUCAGAUGAGGCAGACUCAAUGGAGCGCUGAAUUCUUGAAGAGCUCGUAUUGGAACAGUACUAAAGCUCGCGUUUAUUUCAUGUGAAGUGGAAUGAUCGUGCUUUCUGCAAUUUAGCUAAUAGAUGGUGAGUUGCAACACAUUUGUAUCUACAUCUCAUUGCAUCAAGCAUCAGUUUAUUUUAGUGUGUCAUAAGUCGAGUUGAUUUUUUUGCACCUAUUUGUAAAUUGGUAUCAAUUAGUCUCAACCUCCAUCUAUUAAUUUGGCGAAACCUGAUGACGAAAGUGCACCCGACUACUGGUAGGUCGGGCCUAAUCGUAAGCCAAUCGUUCAGAAGGUACUGAACUUUGGCACACCAUGAUUCUCAAAUUACGUUUCAUUCGUGGAACACAGAGCCAUGAGAACCGUUUUUGUACCUAAUAAGUUAUCUGCUGUCUAUUCGUCCCGUUCUCUUCCAGAAAUGAUUGCCUAUCGGCUAUCACUUUCAGGUUUUCUUUCUGGUGGCUACAGGUCUUCUCCCACAUUGUACAUGAGUAAUGGUUGCUCCAGACCUGGACUGUUUGUUUUUCUGCUCGCUGACGCAUUAGUAUAUGAUAACAUACACGAGCUCCUGCAUUACAGGUUUGUCCCGCAGUGUGCUGAACUACAGCCACGAUGACCAGAUUUAAGAUUCUUCUUAUAUCAGUGUUCUAAUCAGGUAGCUGAUUGUUCUGCACACUUACCACAACAACAUGGGCCGUAAUUUGGUGUCAUGUGUUGAUCAUUCAAGGAUAAUUUUACGAGAUACGGGACAGCAUAUGGAUGCAUAAUAUUGUUCCUUGAUGUGAAUCAACGUAAUCGAAAUCUCCUGUUCUUUAUUGAAGAUCAGAUUCGUACAUACCGCAAUCAC